GCUGCCCACUUCGUCUCAACACGAAUCCAUAUGUAUGGGGUUGAGGCGCACAGCCGACGCAAAUGUGCUGACUACAUUACGCCGACUAUAUAAGAUAGCCGGGCAACCAUCCUAUCCCCACAGACCGAGCCAGAUCGGCGAACCGUUCACAGACGGUCCACCACGAGGAGCUUGCGUCCCGAUCGGCCACGAGACGUCAUUUACACCGAUACAACCCGUCCGCGCCGGAGAUAUCACACAGCCGACAUCCCCGUCGCUCUUUUUUCGGAGGUCUGGCGAGAUCUGGCGCACUGCUGUCGUUAACGUUCAUAGGAAAGUGAACGAGCGAUUGCUCGGGGUUAGGUGACGCGAGCAACGGCGAGGUGAAAACGGGCUCCUGUCGCGUCUCAUCAAGCCAAAUACAGCCGAUACAGCCACGUGUCUCGGUCUGAGAGAGAUAUCACUCGCAGAGGGGAUUUAAAUCUCCAGUCGCCCCGAAAUCGAGAGAGAGAGAGAGAGAGAGAGAGAGAGUCGAGAAUACUCUCGCAGCGAGCGACCUGUCUGGCGAAAUUUUUAAGACCGCCGCGGCACAUCUCCGGAGACGCAAUCGGAAAGAAGAGGAAAGUGAAAGAGAGAAAGAGCAGAGCGAAGUGGAAAAAGAAGAAGAGGAAGAAGAAGAAGAAGAAGAAGAAGAAGAAGAAGAAGAGCGGAAAGAAGAAAGAAGAGCAGAAGAAGAAGCAAGAGGGCCUCUUCAGUGAAGAAAGCUGUGAUUGUGCCGAAGGAUGAUCUCUAUCAGCCUCACCACGUGCUUCCUGUUGGCCUUUACUCUAGUAGCCUUGAUCUUGGUGCUGAUAGACCAGAGAAGAUCGAAGAAGGCGCUAAAGAGCAAGUUGUACGACGGCGAGGAGUCCGUCCUGACGGAUCCACCCGGACCCAAGCCCUGGCCAAUUUUGGGCUCCCUUCACAUUUUGGGGCGCUACGAUGUGCCUUACAAGGCGUUCGCCGACCUCGCCAAAACCUACAACAGUCAGGUGGUCAAGCUCCAGUUGGGCUCCGUGCCUUGCGUCGUCGUCAACGGUUUGGAGAACAUCAAGGAGGUUUUGAUCGCCAAAGGUCAAUACUUUGACUCGAGACCGAACUUUGUCAGAUACCAUCUUCUCUUCUGUGGCAACAAGGAGAACUCAUUGGCAUUCUGCAACUGGUCAGAUGUCCAGAAAACACGAAGGGAAAUGCUGCGAGCGCACACUUUCCCGCGCGCCUUUACCACGCGGUACAACCAGCUGAACGGCAUCAUCACCGCCGAGUUGGAUUCCUUGGUUAAUCACCUGGCCGCCACCUCGGGCAACGCGUUACACGCCAAGCCGCUGAUCCUGCACACGUGCGCGAACGUCUUCGUCAAGUACUUCUGCUCGCGGCGCUUCGGCCUGGAGUACUCCCCCUUCCGCGGGAUGAUCGAGAACUUCGACAAGGUGUUCUACGAGGUGAACCAGGGUUACGCUGCCGACUUCAUGCCGUUCCUCAUGCCGUUACACUCGAGGAACAUGUCGAGGAUGGCCAACUGGAGUCAUGAGAUCAGAAAGUUUGUGGAGACGGACAUCAUCAGCAGCCGCUUGAGCGACUGGAAGUCAACGAUACCCGAGGAGGACUACGUGGACUGCCUGAUCAACCACGUGAAGACCGACGCCGAGCCGAAAAUGAACUGGGACGUGGCAAUGUUCGCACUCGAGGACAUUAUCGGCGGUCACUCGGCAGUCGGCAAUCUCCUCGUCAAGAUCUUGGGCUACCUGGUCACCCGACCGCACGUACAGAAAACGGCACAGGCGGAGAUCGAUCGGGUCGAGGCUUCGGGCAGGUUCGUCGGUUUGGAGAACAGGGGAAACAUGCCGUACACGGAAGCCAUCAUUCUCGAGGCGAUCAGGCUGAUCGCGAGCCCGAUCGUGCCGCACGUCGCCAACCAGGACAGUUCCGUAGCUGGCUACAAGAUCGAGAAGGACACGUUCAUCUUCUUGAACAAUUACGACCUAAACAUGUCGGACGAGCUGUGGAGCUCCCCGGAAGAGUUCAUGCCGGAGAGAUUCGUGCAGAACGGCAGACUCCAGAAGCCGGAGCACUUCCUGCCGUUUGGUGGCGGCCGGAGGUCCUGCAUGGGCUACAAGAUGGUCCAGUACAUCAGCUUCUCGACGAUAGCCACCCUGUUGAAGAACUUUAACAUACUGCCGGCGGAGAAGGAGAAGUACAAGGUCCCUAUUGGCAAUCUCGCGCUACCCGAGAGCACCUUUGGCUUUCGCUUCGAGAGACGGUAGGGUGGAGGAAACGCGCGAGACGACCAUGAUGAAGGCGGAUCCGGUCGGAUCAACGACGUCGUAAACGCGACUUUGUCUCUCACUCUCUCUCUCUCUCUCUCUCUCUCCCUCUCUCUCUCUCUCUCUCUCUCUCUCUCUCUCUCUCUCUCUCUCUUCAACGAACGCUCGAUCACACCCGACGUCCGACUCGACCGUGAGAGCUGAGCUCGACGACGAAGAACCAGCAACGAUUCGCGGGUCGAUCAUCGGUCAAUCCGAUGUCAAUCGAGCGACGGACCAUCGUCCUGCGCGUCGUACGGAGCUCUCCGUCUCGCCGUUGCGACGCGCAGCGGAGGACUAGCAGCUAAGAAGAGGCUCUUCGAAUCCAACGAAACGCUUUACUGACAUUAGGGAGGACUGUAUACAGGCUGAACAGGUGGCAAGUAUUCGAUCUCCGGCGCCAACAGAGCUUUACUGACAUUACUAGAUCGUUAAGCUAGCUAAUUCGCAAGUAUUCGAUCGUACCCUCGAUGGGUAAGUCCUAGGUGCGGAAACGUAUGCGUGCAGAGACGAGUCUCAAGGGGUGCUGCUCGAGUUGCUUGCACAAACGAAAGUCGAAGACGCUCUACGUGACACACGUUUCUUUCUUCCGUAAUCGCUCUGCGCGGGAUCCUCGUAAAGCGAUUACUACGUAAAGCGACAAGUAACAAUUGCUCCAGUUACUUGACGAAUGUGGUCCUUGGUGGUUGGUGCAAUUUCAAGCUGAAACUCCCUCUCGAGAGAUCGCCUCAGCAUUCUUGUACAUAUUGAUCGAUUGGAGAAUCACAGCGACAGACGAUCGGGAUCGGUCGCGUCGCGUAAGCCAUUCACGACGAUGUCCUCGCUGAAUCGGCAAAGAUUGGUGACCAUUGAGCCUCGAGCGCGGACUGUUUUAGAAAAAUUGUCACGCCCUGUCUGGCGAUCGCUAUCUGGCGACUGCUCUCUCGUCCGUAAGACGAGAACGCUCUCGCGCGUUGAUGUUCCGACAAAAGAGAUAUCGCGCACUGAAGAGCACUAAGAUCAGGUCCAAGCGCGAUCUUUGAUCGAUAAAAUUGAUAUUUGAGGAUAAUCGAGGUAAAAGUAAACUGACGGGUAGAACGCGAUUAAUGGGACUACCCGGCCAUUUCUUCCAAUUAAAACGUGUGUCACAUAGUAGCUAAAGUUAAUUUCGUCGUUAUAACGCAUAUUUUAUUAAUCAACCGCACUGAAGGGCGCGCGCCUAUUGUACACUCCAAGAUCCUCUCUCGCGGAAAAGUAGAUUGUGAAACUUUGAAACGAGAGCACGCAGGAACACACAUUUUUGACUCGGAGAGAUUGAAGAUUUUAUCGUUAAUUCUCUGUAUGAUAGAGAC